AUGCAGCUCAAGAGAAUUCUGCCCUUGGCUAUGGCCAGCGUAGUCGCAGCGCAGGAUCAGAAUACCAGUCUGACAGAUGCACUUGGAGCUCAAAACUCAAGCUUGUCGGCGCUCAAUGGACUCCUCCAAAGCAGCGGACUCGCCCAGCAACUUGACCAAUUGAGCAAUGUGACAAUUCUGGCCCCUAACAAUGAUGCCUUGAGCUCAUUACUGAAUAAUUCAGACGCUGCAUCGGCUCUGUCCGACUCCGGCGCCGUGGAUGCCCUGCUGUCUUACCAUAUCCUAAAUGGCACAUACUACGCCGAUAGCUUCACUAACACAUCCAUCUUCAUUCCAACAUACCUCACCAACAAGACGUAUGCCAACGUCACUGGAGGUCAGCGGGUUGAAGCCAGAGUUUCCGACGGCAACGUCACAAUCUUCUCGGGCUUGAAGCAAAAUGCAACGGUGCUAACACCUAACCUGAACUUCACCGGUGGUGUCAUUCACAUUAUCGACUCAGUCUUAUCGGUCCCCCAGAACCUCACAGCCACGUUGUCUAAUGCAAACCUCACCGCGGCUGCCGGUGCCAUCACGACUGCAAACAUUCAGGACACUGUCAGCUCCCUCAUGAAUGUAACAGUCUUCGCACCAAAUAAUGAGGCCUUCAACGAAAUUGGUAGCAUCCUAGCCAACCUAUCUACGGAUGACCUCCGUAGCACUCUUGGAUAUCAUGUUGUCGAGAACACCGUCGCCUACAGCUCAGACAUUCAGAACUCGACCCUGACAGCUUCGAACGGAGACGAGCUCAAUAUUUACAACAUCAAUGGAAGUGUCUUUGUCAAUGCCGCACGGGUCACGAUCCCCGACUUGCUUGUCAGCAAUGGUGUUGUACACGUUAUUGAUCAGGUUUUGAAUCCAAGCAACUCUACUGCCACUCCGGAUCCUUCUGCUACCAGUGCAGGACCCGCAUACUCGGGCGCUUCUAGCGGUUCCUCUGGUGUUCCUUACACCAGUGGCGUCGCUACGCCUACAGGCACCAACCCGGCGCAGACGUCAGGAGGCAGUGCCUCUUCUACCACCAGCAACCCUGGUGUGCCAAUGAAAACCGGUGCCGUUGGUGCUGCUGCUCUCUUUGGUGGUGCGGCCAUGCUCGUGAAUUUUUGA